AUGGGCAUUCCUUCCGUGAAGCAGGCGUCAGCUCUACUGCUAGGCGUAUUCAUAACAUCUACGAGCGCGCAGUACAAUUCCUCGCAACCACAGAAAAGCGGAUAUCAAUAUGUUGACCCUCUCAUCGGGACGAUCAAUGGAGGGCACGUAUUCCCUGGCGCGACAUUGCCAUUCGGAAUGGCCAAAGCGGGGCCCGACGUGAUCGGCGAAAACCAAGGAGGGUUCUCCUCUAACGACUCAGAACCUAUUUACGGGUUCUCGCAUAUGCACGACUCUGGAACGGGUGGCUCGCCGUCACUUGGCAAUUUCCCAAUCUUUGCGCAGGCCGGAUGCGAGAACGACGACAUCAACGGAUGCCAGUACUUCGAAUCACAACGAGCUGUCGAGCGUAUACCUGGGGCUGUUCAUGCCAGACCUGGCUACUUCGAUAUCACACUGAAGGACAACAUCAGGACGGAAUCGACGGUCACGAAUCGCACAGCUCUAUAUCGUAUCACCUUUCCCGAAACGCCGACGGCGCCGAACGCGACGCUGAGUCCGCACAUUUUGCUUGAUCUGACAGAUCUACCGAACACAAGAAGCGAAGCAAACAUCACCGUGGAUGCCGAGACCGGGCGUAUGACUGGUAGCGGAGUGUUUUCGCCAUCGUUUGGAAUCGGAACGUACAGGUCACAUUUCUGCCUCGACUUUGAUGGUGCAAAGAUCAAAGAUGCUGGCGUUUGGCAGAACACGCGUGCGACAAACAGGGCAACCAGUCUGAAUGUCGUUCCCGGCGAUGUGCGACAAUCACCCGUUCUCACACCAGCAGGUGGAUGGGUGCAAUUUGAGAAGCCCACCCAGGGUAAUCAGAUCCUUGCAAGAGUUGGAAUGAGCUUUGUGAGCGAGGAUCAGGCAUGCGCGAAUGCUGAACGCGAGAUACCCUCGUGGGGAUUUGAUGAUGUCGUUGCGGCUGCUGAGGCUGCAUGGCGCUCCAAGCUAGACGUCAUUACGGUUGAAGACGGCGGUGUUGAUCUCGUCUUCCUCAAAGCUUUCUGGAGUGGCGUGUACAGAUCCAUGAUUAGUCCACAAGACUACACAGGUGAAAAUCCCCUUUGGGAGUCUGACGAACCGUACUACGACUCCUACUACUGUAUCUGGGACAGUUUCAGAUCGAUCCAUCCACUGAUCACGAUCCUGGAUCCUCACAGCCAAACGCUCAUGAUAAGAAGUCUGCUCGAUAUCUACCGUCAUGAAGGAUGGCUGCCAGAUUGCCGCAUGAGCUUCUGCAAAGGAUUUACGCAAGGAGGCUCAAACGCCGAUAUUGUGAUUACGGACGCAUAUCUGAAGAACAUCACGACUGGCAUUGACUGGACACUUGCAUACGAGGCUCUCGUAAAGGAUGCGGAAGUCGAACCACCCAACUGGGACGUUGAGGGUCGCGGUGGUCUGGUAUCAUGGAAGGAGUUAGGCUACAUACCUACCGAAAACCUUGAUGUCGAAGGUGUGGGCACAGAGACACGCUCAAUCUCCCGGACCGUCGAAUACGCCUACAACGACUUCGUCAUUGCUCUACUAGCCCGCGAACUCGGCAACACAGCCGACUACCUGAAGUACCUGGAACGUUCCGGCAACUGGCAAAACAUGUUCAAGGCCGAUCAAAGAAGCAUCAUCAACGGCACCGACACCGGCUUUGAAGGCUUCUUGCAACCGAAAUUCCUCAACGGCACCUGGGGCUCUCAGGAUCCGAUCUUCUGCUCACCACUACUUAAUUUCACUGGUUGCUACCUGAACCCUGCAGGUGGCGAGACAUACGAAGGUCCUGUCUGGCUGUACACUUUCUUUGCCCCAGGGGACAUGGUCACUCUCAUCCAGACUCUCGGAGGCCGUGAGCGCUUUGUUGAGCGUAUGAACUGGCUGCAUGAAUCCGGUGUUCUAUACCUUGGCGACGAACAGGCUUUCCUCAACGUAUUCCUAUACCACUACGCCGGCCGUCCUGCUCUCUCCGCUGAGCGCGCUCAUCAGUACAUACCCUCAUUAUUCAACGACACCGUCGUCGGUAUCCCGGGCAAUGACGAUAGCGGCGCCAUGGGUUCUUUCGAAGCCUUCGUCAUGAUGGGUUUCUUCCCCAAUGCCGGCCAGGACGUAUACUUCAUCAUACCGCCAUUCUUCGAGUCCAUCUCCGUCAGGAAUGGCCAGACGGGCAACACAGCGACGAUUCGGAAUAUUAACUUUGAUGCGGCUUAUGAGAACAUCUACAUCCAAUCUGCCACGCUCAACGGUGUGCCUUACACGAAGAACUGGAUCCAACACAGCUUCUUCUUAGAAGGCGGUGUCUUGGAGUUGACGUUAGGACCACAGGAAAGCAGCUGGGGAACGAAGUCGGAAGAUGUGCCUCCCAGUCUUGGACCGUUCACAAACAGCACUAUGUCUGGCAAGAGAUCUAUUGGUGCGGAUCGGGGGUGGGCGAUGCCGAGGAUGGAGUUUGAAUCUGUCGGUAGUCAGUGA